AUGCCACGGAAACAUUUAAUAUCUGGUGAAUAUGCUCGAGGAGACAUCAACAUCUCUCGACGAAGCCACGCUUCAGUUCCUUAUGGACACAUACCCGACCGUCUUAGAUGCUUUGUUGGCCAUACAGACGCAGAGAACUACACAAUAACGAGGAAAUAUGAAAAGAAGAAUGUUAUCUUGGCACUCGUGACAAUGGCCCCUUUACUUGUAUUAUCUCUACGGUGCUAUAAUGGAAGUGAAGAAUCAGUGGUCACAAUAAAUUUGCAUACCUCCAGAAUGUGUGUAUAUGAAACAAAUCGUCCAUGUGAUUUUAAAGAGCCACCAAUUGGCGGCUAUAAUUACCGGACAGUUACAUUUAUUUCACAGUACGCCAAAAGUUGUUACAACAAAAAUAGUCGCGCAAUUUGUUAUUGUUUUUCAGCAUUAUGUAAUGGAAAUUUCACACUUAUGCUGGAACGAUGGGAAAAUACACCACAUCCUAAUAAAACGGAGUACGACUGCGUCAAAGAAUAUCUGAGAAGUAAAGAAAAUUUGGAUCACACAAAAGCGACAGAAAGGAUUGUUACGAAUUCAACAACAACAACGACGACAACUACGACAACGACAACGACAACGACAACGACUACGACUACGACUACAACCACGACAACGACACCGACACCGACACCGACAACGACAACGACACCGACAACGACAACGACGACGACAAGUAAAAGAUCCACACAGACGAUUCCAUUGUUGAAGACUACUACACAUGGAAAUACAACCACGACAAACCAGAGAUCCACAGUAUCGAAGCUCGAACAGACGACAAAAGUUGAGAACAAGAGCGUUGGUCCGAUAGUAUCACAUCUUUCUUCUCAAUCACGAAGAACAACACAUAUAAAAAGAACAAUAUCGACUAGACCACCUAACACUCAGUCACUUCAAACGCCUUUUCAAAACCGGGAGUCCACUACUUCGAGAAGGAUCGGAGUUACAUCAAGGAAAAGCCUGUCACCGCUUCCUGUUAAACUACUUGCCUACGGUGUGUUGAUAGCGGCCGCAGCUGUUCUCCUCUGCCUCCUGCUUCCUGUGCUAAUUGCCUGUGUAUUAAUUAAGGCUCGUCCAAAUGUUGGAAGAGAGGAAAAUGCAAAAUUUGCACCGACAUACGCUGGAGCAUAUCGACCGCACAGAAAAGCCGCAAAGUCAAUAAUGCUAGAUGCAUCCCAAAUGAGGACGACAAGAGACAAUACAAAAGCUUUGAAGUCCACUAUGAGUAAUGAACGAACACAGUUAUCGACUGCGUUGGAGGCACCUAAAUCUAGUAUUCAAAAUCCGCUCCAAAAUAGGUACAAACCAGCAACAAAUCCUACGCUUAUACCAAGCCGAGGAAUUCGUGGGAGGAGCAAAAGUAUGAUAAAUAAAAGUUUGUGGACUAAAUCGAAAGAAGGAAAUAAGAAUAUGGAAGUGACCAAGGUAAAAACUACUUCGAAAGAAGGAAGUAAGAAUAUGAAAGUGGGAAAGGUGAAAACUACUCUGAAAGAUGGAAGUAGGAGUAUGGAAGACAGGAAGAAGAAGACUACUUCGAAAGGAGGAAGUAAAAGUAGGGAAGAAUGGAAGAUGAAGACUAUUACGAAAAAAGGAACCGAUGAUGAAAAAACUACUUCAAAAGAAGGGAGCAUAGAAAAUAGAAAGGUGAAAACCACGUCAAAAGAAGGAGGGAGAAGGGUAAAUAAGAGAAUGAAGACUAUAUCAAAAGAACGAAGAAGAAGUUCAGAUAGUAGUACGAGUACUUCAAGUGUGUCCGAAAAGAUCAUUUUGACCAAGCAAAAAGAGAAGGUGCAAGCAAAGCAAAAAACAGGGCAGAACAACAAUAAUAAAAAAAAGUUAACGAAAAAAUUCAUACUUGGAAGAAGAACAAAUAGUCCCAUGCCGGUGUAA